CUCUUUUGCCUUCAUCAACUCAUCAAGUACGCCAUCAUGGGUCGCAUGCACACACCUGGCAAAGGUAUAUCUUCCUCGGCCUUGCCUUACCGCCGAAGUGUUCCAACUUGGCUAAAACUUUCAUCUGACGAAGUCAAGGAUAUGAUUUACAAAUUAGCUAAAAAGGGCUUGAAACCUUCCGAAAUUGGUGUACAAUUGAGGGAUUCUUCUGGAAUUGCUCAAGUCCGCCGUGUCACUGGCAAUAAAAUCUUAAGAAUCCUCAAGAAAAAAGGUCUUGCACCUGAAAUCCCUGAAGAUUUGUAUCAUUUGAUCAAGAAAGCUGUGGCUGUCCGCAAGCACUUGGAGCAUAACCGUAAAGACAGGGAUUCCAAAUUCAGACUGAUUCUAAUCGAAAGCAGAAUUCAUCGUUUGGCUCGAUACUAUAAAUCUACCUCAGUUUUACCACCAAAUUGGAAGUACGAAUCGGCAACAGCUUCCGCCCUGGUUGCGUAAACCUUUUCAUCUUACUUGUGAAUAAACUAGAUAUAGAUGAAUGUAAUUAACAUUGCCAAUUAAAGAAGUGUUUGAAGAC